AUGGAAAAUACAUUGCUUGAGUUAUUUACACUUGAUGAUAAUGUGUGUUAUGAGUUAAAAGAUAAUUAUCACAAGAGCUUUAUAAAUUCAUUAAGCAAUCAUCAGGCUGGCAAUAGCGGAACAUGGACAGUAGAAAACGGAGGUGUUAAGGCGAUUGAUACUUUUCUCAGGUCCCCAUCCUCGUUGCCACCUUCGUCCAAGGGUUUAGGAUUUGUUAUCAACGAAGCUUCCCUUCAACUAUGUUUGGUGGACCGUGCUCCCAAGAAUGCUAUUACUAUUUUGGACCGUCAAGAAUGUGAGUUAGAGCCAUACGAUGACCUCGAUACCGUAUGCAAGUGCUGCGUGAAAAUGAUCCAGAAUUUGCCAAUACCGCUCCCGGAAAGAACCCCUUUGGUUAUAUGUGCAGUUGCAUCGAUUGUAUAUCAACAAGGACUCAGGCAGGCAUACCUCUUGGACGGCCAGUUCGCUAGUGAUGCUAAUCUAUGCUCAGUUAUGGAGAAAACGUUUCGAAAUAAAAAACUCGGCGAACAAGUUUUUGUCGCCGCACACGUGUGCGAGAUGGCGGCGUCCUACUUAUCCAUGGUCUUGGACUACCCACCGAGUGUCCCUAGGGUACACUGCGUGGUGGACCGCGGUGUAGGCAUUGCUUGCGGGGUUCGUCACAAGAAUUUUGACGGAAACGUAAUUUUGGCGGAAUGUCAGAAUUUUGCAAAAGGCAUCCCGCUUACAUUUAUAGACCGCCAACUGGCCGCGCUAGAGCCGGAUUCGGCGCUGCAUACGCUAGAGAGGCUAGUUAGCAUCGACUGCAUGGCAGAGCUGGUUCGACUGUCUGUCCUCUACUUGUUGUCUCUGGACCAGGAGGAAACGGCGGGCAAGUUGCUUUGGACGCGGAAUACGCUUUCAGCAGAAGACGUGCUGGCCAUUGUCAACAGCAGCGACUCACCCAGCGCCGUACUCCGCAUUUUGGGCGCCAAAUGGGACUGGCAGUUGCAGAGCAGUAACGAGAAAGAGUAUCUCAACCGCUUGAAUGUGGCACGGAUAACGAAACUGAUUGCACAGGCCCUUGUUCGCAGAGCCGGCCGCAUCAUGGGCUGCAUCCUCCAGUGCAUCAUUCGCUACCAAAAGGAAAGUGAAGGCACCUCCUGCUCCGUCACCCUCGGCGGACGGGUGUGCACUCUCGCAUGUUUCCGCCACGAACUAAUGAACCAACUCCGAACCAGACACGAGCCCAUGCUCACUCUUGGUCACAUUAACUCAACCAUGGCACUGGAAAAAGUUGAACUCAUUCGAGGCGGGAGUGAUAUCCCCUCCAUGGCAGCCAUCUCGGCUUCGCUGAUUACGUAA